CCAAACCCGUUCCGUUGUGUUUCAUCCCCGCACUGAUGUGAGUUUAAGAUGCAUUCAAGGUUGGAAAGCAUCACAGCGGAUCGCCUGUUUGAUUCGGCAGGAUUCCUCAUGUAAUGUAGAUUUUUAUAUAACGAUAGCUUGAAAGAAUGUCACAGAUGCACCACGGGCAAUGCAAGGCUGCGUGUUCAUCAGUCACUCUGGCGCGCACGUUUUCAAAGAUUCUGCUGCCUCUGCGAUGCUACGGCUGACCGACAAGGAUGCAGUUCUGCAGGAAGGUGCUGUGCAAGCCUUGUAGUGCCAGAGUCACUUCACCAGAGGAGGACAUGGAAUACAGGAUGGGGGGCUGCAUCGGAAUUUCACCAAAACAGGCGUUCACUGAAGGACAUUGGCUCCACUACACAUUUUGUCUCUCUCUGUUGAGCCUGGGAAGGCCUGGAGGGUCCUUGCGCCACUUGGCCUGAUGAGACAUGGGGAACGAGAGCAGCACAACUGAGGCUUUGCCAGAAGAGGGCGCUCCAGAUCACGUUGUUCUGUUUCCACCGCAAGAAAAUCACACAGAACAGACUGAAGCACAUAAAGACGCUGGCGUGCAAUUGACUGAGGAACCCACCAGCCAACAGAGUUUGCUGUCCCAGGCUGUGCUCCUAGAUGUCCCAGUCAUCACUGGUGAGGAGAGCAGUUCUGCUGGAGCCCCUGAAGACAAGGAGGAGUUGGAAUUUCCCCAUGACCUGCUGCCCAGUCUAGAUUUCAGCAGCGAACUUAACAUCUGGGAGUCGUCUCUUGGAGCUAAGACUAGUUCAGGAGAAAGGACAUAUGAGCAAGUGAACCCCUUGCCGGCUGGUUUGCAGCAUCACAAGGAAGUCGGUCAUCCUCUGGUAGUUGUAGAUAACAGGCCUCAUGAAGCUGAUCCACUCCUAACAGAUGCUCCAUCUUCACCUCAGUACACUGCCACACCUCCCCCAGCUGGCCAACCCUUGACCCUCACUCCAUGUGUGCUUCUUGACCAGGAGCUCCUGGCCGCCUAUGAGGAAUAUGAGGAACAAAUGGCCUCACUAACCGUUCCUCAUCUCAAAGAAUCCAUCAACCCAGAGCAUGAAAAGUUGUAUCAAGAGAAAAGGAAAGCUGGGCAAGCAAGAAUUACAAAGUGUGAUGAGUCAUCAUCACCGCCUCAAGAUGCUGACCAGUCAGGACAUGGUAACAAUAAGAUCACAAACAAAAGUACACAUGGAAACAGUGAGACAGGGUGCAACCAGAUGGAUACAGUCGUUUUUAGUUUCAGGGACUACAUACUUGGAACAGAAAAUCUUGAAUCAGAAGAAUUAAUAAAAGAGGAUAAACGGAAUUUAUCUGAUGCACUUUCAGAAAAGUCCACAGUGACAUUUAAGCAAGUGGCAGGCGAUGCCGAAUUGAAGGAGGAAUAUGUUGAAUCUUACGCCGCCACAGGAAAAAUAAGCCCACAGAAUGUAGAGGAAGACAGAGAUCUUAAGGAAGAGCUUGUGGAUUUAAAUACAGAAAAUCAGAUUCCCAGAUGCACUAUGCAUCAAAGUGAUGUUGACAUACUGUAUUCUUUUCAAGAAUCAUCGGAGUUGAAAUGUCCUGAUUUUAAGAGUCAAGAUGUAGUUGGGGAAAUAAGUUCUGAAAAGAAAGGGGGACCAAUCGGUCAUGCUGAAGAUGACACACAAAUGAUCCCUUUAGUUAACAACCAGGGUGAAUCUGCGCAAAGCACAAAGGUGAAAAAGAGAGACAGAAAAAAGCACAAUAAAAAGAAAAGGGCGGGGACGAACAAAGAGAGUGAAGUGGAACAUAGAACAGAGGCACAAAAUGAAAAUGAAUUACAAGCUGUCCCCUUUGUAAAUACAGGGAAUCACCAUCAUUCAGAGCCGGUUGCAUUUUCAAUGCCGUUCACAGAGACAAUGACAUGUGUAAGACAGCAUAAUGACCACUUUUGUAGCAAGAAAAUGCCAAGCACCUCCCAAUCAUGUUCUCAUAGCCAGAAGCCUCAUUUUAUCAACUCUGUCUGUUCUCCAUCCAAUCUUGUUCCUUCACACUUAAAGCAGUCUGAUAACAUAAAUGAAACUGAUGCUCAGUGUGGUGAAAAUAACAUAGACAAAAUCCAAGAUACAGCCACAAGUCUCAUCAAUAAGGAUGAGAUAACAGACAUCCAAAUUACUGCUAAUAAUGUCAAUAAGGAAUCAGAAACUCGUUUACUUGAUGAUAUAAUUAGCAGUGAAAUACAGAUAAACAAACUGGAGAGUCCACUAUGCAGUAUCCAGGCAUGUGUGGGAGAGAGUUGCGUAGAGAGGUCCAUUGAAGAUGCUUUAGUAGAGGCUGCUGCGUUGCCACUAACAACACCCACGAUACAAGAAGUGAUAAAAAGUGAGGGAGUAAAAGUGAGCUGUGAUUCAUUUGAGGGAGUAGCUACUAAAGCUAUUGCAGACAUCGGGAAAGGAGAGGCAGAAAAGCACCCGGAGGUAAACGAAGAGAGGAAGAAUCUGCUGGAUAGUACUGCUGGGCUCUCAUCUGACUUUUACUUACUUGAUUCCACGAAUGAAAAGGGACAAGCUGUGAGUAAGGAAAGCUCCGACAGUAAAAUGCCUCACACAUCGACUGAGAUUUGUUUAAAAGGACAGAGGGAGACAAGCAGUGCACAUGCAGCUAUAUCUCCCAUAGAAGAAGGCGACAGAGAAAUUAAGCCUCUCAGGCUCGAAGGCAAUUUUAAUAAUUUCCCCCAUGGGAUACUUGCUGCUGCUCAUCCUCUGAAUGAUAGCGCUGCAGGACUGGAGGGCGGAAGAGACACUGGUCGCAGUUCAUUCAGCCUUCCGGAGGGGGCUGCUAUAGGGGAAGCUGAGAAAAAGCUGUGUCCACCCACUGAUGUUGCCGAGUCAUGUGUGAAGUCACCGAGGAGCGGUGAGACGACCAUUACUGUCACAGACAGCCUGUGCACUGAGGAGGAGCUCACAGCAGCAUUUUCACCUAUUCCACCUUACAACGAACAAAGCAAUACGGAAAGCGGAGACAGCGCACUGGACAUUUUAAAAUUUGAGGAGCUACCACAUUCAGGAGACAGUUGUGAGGCGUCGGCCAUCACAGACACGUCACUUACUUCUACAACAAUUCAACAGGUGCAGCCUGAAAGCUGCCCACCCAAAUCUACAACACCUAUAACAGAAGUCAAGAUCCCAGAGCAGGCUCGGAACCAAACCACAAGUGUGGGUAAGUCUGCACGUCACAAAAGUGGAUCCAGCAACAGAGUUCGCUUUGUGGACAGUGUCAAGGAAGAUCAUAGUGUCACUGUAGAGGUACAAAACAUGUCUAUGCCUUCUAUGGGAUGUGCUUCUUUGCCCCCGUUGACAGUACACGAGAGUUUGUACCAUCCUGUUGUUGAGGCCAGUUACUCCUACCUAGACUAUCUCAGCGUAAAGAAACCAGAAACCAGCACUGAUGUAUCAUCUAUUAAGGGUGGAGCGGCAUUUCAGUUUGACACACCAAAGUUUGGGAAUGAUAUUCUUUUGGAUAAGGAAGAUGAGGCCAAGAAUGCUAACACUGGUCUGUCAGGUAAAGAUAGAAAAAGGCCAAAUGAGAAAUGUACUGGUAGUACGGAACAUAAUGACGUCAAAAAAGCCAUACGUCCCAAAGAUGCUGCUUCAGAACCAGCAAAUAACACUGAACACCCUUUGGAACACAAUAAGUGUGAAGUGAAUAAACCAACACAGAAGGACCUGUCAGAGCAACGUGAGGAGACAACAAAGCAGAACUCAACCAGUGAACAACUAUAUGAAAAAGGGGAUCAAUUGUUAACAAAUCAGGAAGAAAUUGUGACAGAAAAGGCCGUUGCAGUUUUGUGUCAAAUGCCAAAAGAAAAUGACACACCUGAGAUAAAAAUGGACAGCAAAGACCCCAUCAGUCCUGACAAGUCACAGGAGAUAAAAAAUGAAAUAUUUGUGGUCAGUGAAAUAGGUACAAGUGUCGAAAAUGUUACCUGUAAGGCAAUCAACGAUGCCUUUACUGAGUCAUCUGACAGACAACUUUCAGGUGAUCUGGAUUCCAUCUCUAAGCCUAAAACUCAGAUGUCGACCUGCUCAAUCCCUCCUCAGACAAACCAGAUAGAACUCAGCUGUCAGCCUCCUGCUGUGUUUGAUCAUCCGCCAUCUCAUGCACUAGUUAGCACAGAGCCAAUUGAAUCCAGGAAGGACUCGAAGUCUGUGACUUCUGUUGACCUACUAAGGGAUGAGUCAGUAAUUUCAGAAGCGAUAGUCACUGAGUGGUCAAUUCCUGUUAGUGAGCAAUGUGCCAGUGAAUCUCCAUCAAUGCUGAAACCUCAAGGCCCUUUGUUAGGUGACUUAAAGGUGGGUGAUGGAAUAGAGGUCUCUCUUUCUGAGGGUAUUAAUGAUGACAAUGCUGCUUGUGACAUAACCAGGACACAUAUGCCUUUAGUAGAUGAUCAGGAACAAGAAGAAGCUAACGAUGGAGGACAAAUAAAUUGUUUGGUUGGAAAUAAUAUUGACUGUAGCAACUAUUUGCUAUCUGACAAUAACUUGACACCUUUACAGGAGGAAAAACAGUCUCCACAGUGUGUACUAGCAAAUGAUGACUCUAAUUGCAUAAUGACUAAGGCAACACCGGACGUCAUAAAUGACAAAUGCCCACUCAGUUCUAACAACCCCAGCGAGAAGUGUAAUAACGCAGAACUGUGCGAUGUCGAGGAAACACAGAACAUGAAUGAGAAACCCUGUGUGUCACUCAAUCGCCAAACCGAGCAGCUCGCUAAUCUAAAGGAAACAGAAAGCAAUGACAAAAUUCUUAUAGAACAUGUUACACAACAGAAUGAAGAGUCAGAUAAAGUGGCUAAAGAGGAAACUGGAGACCUUGAGCCAUCACAUAAAUAUGACAUCCUUAAUACUGAACCAAAUAUGGUUACACAUUUGGAGAAAGAAAUGCAACAAAAACCUCUUGUGAUUUCUGACCAGUAUUUGCAUCAGACUUUGGCAGAAACAAUGGAGCACAAGAACAACAGGGACACAUCACCUGAUUUUAGUUCAAGUACUGAACUGAACAGUUUGGCCCAGCUACAGGAGCAAUGGCAGCAGAUUUUGAUUUCCAAAAAUUCCACUGAUAGAUUGCCAGGUGUUUGCGUAGAGGCAUUUCAAAAGGGAGGGAAGACUAACAGCCAAGUCAAGCUGCUUAAAGCACAAGUCUCUGGUGUGACAGACAUAGUAGGAGACAGCGAUUCUUUUGAGACAUUAGACGGUCAGGAUGAGUUCUCAACAGUUGGCAGUAGUGUCAACAAACAAAUGGCAGGUGAAGGAAAAUUUGAAAAGAAUGAAUCAUCAAUAAUUCUAGGAAUUGACAGGAUCGUUGCACCUAUUGGCUGUGAUUUAAAUGAUAGUCAAAACGUAAAUGGGCUAAUUGCUGUAGAGAAAACAAAGCCAGCUCACAUAGACGAGCUUGGACAAGGAACGAGUCAUGAAUUAAAAUCUGGUUUAGCAGAGAAGGGCACAGUAACAGAUUUAUUGCAGAACAAUGACUUUCACAAUAGUGAGAGUAGUAAAGGUAAGACGGAAAGUGACCGAUCAGAAUCAUUUGGAGAUUUACAAGAAAAUCAUUCAGACUUUAGAAGGAACACUGUUUCUGCUGCCCCCUUAUUGGAUGAUCAUGACACUUUGCCUUGGGGAUUUUCUUUGUCUGAAAAACAGUGCAUAGGUAUUAAUGACUUUUAUUCAGAUAUUAGCCUGAGUGAAGUCGAGGAUUCCAACUUGCAUAAAAAAACAUCUAACACCAAUGAACAUGAUCACAGUGCUGUACAGGGUGGAAACACCCAAAAUAGUGAAAUUGAGAAGAAUAAAAUCCUGGAUACAGUAGGUGAAUUUCUCGAGCCCCAGUGCUCCAAUAAAAGCUCAGCCAUAGUACAUGGUUCAAUACUGCAAACUCCCAUGAAAGGACCUUGUGUACAGGAGAUUGAAGGGGGAAACAAUGUGGCUUCAUAUGGAGAAAGUUCAGAUUUCCUGGCAAAGCAAACAAGUGAGGUUGAAGUAAUACACAAUGAAGCAACAAUAAAGAAUGGACCAAGCGUAACAGCGGUUCCUCAGGAUAAAGACCCAUCAUCUGCUGGCAUUUCAAACCUUUUCCACACUGAAAACAAUUUGAGUCUUUUGAAGACAAUAGAAAAUGACAAUGACUCAACUAACAAGUCACAACCCAACAGUGACACAGACAUUAUCAGUAUUAUGUCAAACAGCCAAGAUGAUACUAAAAUACUGCCUCAGCCAGUAAUAUCCAAAAAUGUGGAACUUUCUAAACACAUCUCCUUUCCAACUUCACCGGCUGAUGGCGUGGUUCAUCCCUCUGCCUGCAACUCUGAUUUUGAACAAGCAUCUGCAAACACCGUAUCGUCGCAUGUGUCAGACAAUUCCCCUGCUGGACUAACAACAAAAGAAUCAGAGUCACACUGGAUAACAUCUCUCAGAGAAGCUGCGUCCUUUUCUCAGACUAAGCAAGAGAGCACAGAAAUCCAAAGACCCCUCCCAUCUCUGGAGUCUCCUCAGCAAGAGUUUCUCACUCCUACUGAAGUGGUAGUUACUCCUGUGGGGCCAGAGCAGAUCAAUCAGGAGCAAACAGACAUCGCAGUGUUACAACCUGAAGUGAAUUUGGCAGAACAGCUAGAAAAGGAGAAAACAGAACUGGACAAAAAAGAAGAGGAAUGUAUUGAAGAGCAUCCAAUAAGUAGCACAGCAAUAUUAGCACAUCAAGUUGAGCUCACAGAACCAUCAGAAAUCACAGGUGAGGUUGUGGAAUUCAAUGAGAAAAAAGUAAAGGAGCCUUUAAAACAAAGUCAGAAAAUAAUUAACCACCAAGAACCAGAGAAGAGGCAAAACAGUGAACAUCCAAAGGAGGAACCAGAUAACACAGCGCAAGAAACCACAGCCACAGUCAAUGAUCCUGCUUUGGAGGAGCAAGAAAGUGGACUCCCUAUCACUGAGCACACAGAGAAGAGUGAUGCAUUCCUUAUAACUUCACCCACACACAUCUUGCCUUUUACCGAUCCUGAGCUCCCCGCUCCUUCACUUGCAUCCCCUUCUCCAGAGAAGACACCACCUGCAUCUCCCCACCGGUCUACCUUUCCUACCUCUGUACCUUCCAAUCAUCAGAAUGAAGACCCCUGCCCCUUCUCUGCAUCUCCACACCUCCUUCUAAGGAGCUCUGACUCCGAUGGAGCCUUCGAGACUCCUGAAUCGACAACUCCAGUGAAGGGCCCUGCAGAUCCGCAAAGCCAACUCCAAAUUAUUGAUGGCAAAGGUGAAGACUACUCAGUCAGUGAUCCUUCAUCUAACUUGAUUUCUGAUCCCCUCGCCAUUGCUUUUGAUGAGGACAGGCCAAUUGCUGCCAGUGGCUCAUACAAUUUUGAAAAACUUGCUUCAGAGUCAACAAGUCAACCACUUACUCGCUCCCUCAGCCUUCAGGGAGAAGAACUUGACACUUCUGGCUUAGAUGGAUGUGGAACACAAGGAUUCCGCCCACAUUCAGAAUCUUUCAGUGUAGGCACAGAAAGCAACCCAGGAACACUCCGCCGGCCGAGGAAAGUCCGCCCUGGGACUGUGAAGAAGAAACCUCUUUUGAGGCAGAACUCCAACCCAGAGAAACCAAGUUCUACUAGUAGCACCCCAGAGAUUAUUAAGCGAGCAAAGCCUCAACCUGUGACUCCAGAGGUAAAAGAAAGUAGCAGUCCUGCUGAAGGUGGAAGUCCUGCAGGAAACAUAAGAAAGAGUAGAAAGACCCGUGUGGAUUCUCCACCUCCACUACCAGAAGAAAACACUCAUACAGAAUUAGGCGAGAGUCUUGCUGUCUCUGCCUCACCCCGUUGCCAGAAGGAGAACAACUCCUCUCCUCCGCCUAUAACAGAAGACCUCCCAAUCCCUCCCAGUGGCUCCUACAAAUGGGAUCCAGAGAGUUUUGAGGGCAUUGACCCUUUUAAGACCGGCGGGAGUAAGAUAGCCAACUCACCAGUUCUUGGUCGUAAAGACCUUGUAUGUGCGCCCAAGCCUACCCCGCCAGAUAGCCCUCCUAUCCCUGCUGUGAAGCAGUUUCUUCAUCCAGUUACCACUGAAGCGUCAGUUUUUAACCCCGAAGAGCAACCCAUUCUACCCAAACGUGAGUCUGUGAGGCUGGAGUUUGAUUACUCAGAAGAGAACAUUGAGGCGUCACACGCAGUUUCUCCCCCACCUAAGAAACUAGGCAAAAAGCCUGUUACCAAAAUGCCUCUGAGAAAACCAAAGUUAGGACUAAAGAAGCCUCAUCCAGGGCAGGCUGAGCAGCUGGACAACAAUCUUCCAGCAGAACACAAUGGAAACGAAGAGGAAAAACCCAUUUCCAAAAGUUCUUACAACUUUGACUCGAAUAAAUGGGACGAUCCCAAUUUUAAUCCGUUUUUGACCAAGACUGCAGUGGCCAAUUCUCCCAAAGCAUCUGGACCUUCUUACAGUUUUGAUUUCGACGACUCCGUUGUCGACCCUUUUAAAUCCUCCAACAAGAUAGCAACCUCACCUCCUAAAGCCUCUGCCUCCUUUGAGCUGUCGUCAAAUGACGACAUGGAAAACGACAAUGACAAUAUUGGGGAUUUGGAGGAUCAAAAUCAGAACAAACCAGCCAAAAAAAAGAAAACUCCUAUCAAAUCUAACACUUUUAGGGUGAAGAGGUCACCAAAGAAAUCACAGUUGUCCGACAACUCACUGGAUGCAGAUGAUCCUACCUCCCUUCAACCACAGGACGACCAUGCCACGGAUGAAGAGAAGCUAGCCUCUUCCACCAAUCACAAGUGGGGAGGCUUGCAUGAUGUGGAUGCAGAACUGAACUCUGACCAACAGGAUUUCCCUCAGCCGUCGGAUCUGACAUCGUUUGUUAAUGAGAGGAGUCUUCAGUCUUCAGUGCAAGAUUAUGAAAUCGAGUACAUGGAGAAGAUUGGCUCUUCUUCACCUCCACUCUCUGUGAAGAAACCAUUAUACCUUAAAUUGGACUCGUUAUCCAACACCGUACCUAAGGAUACAGAUGCACAUGGAUCUGAGCCCAACUCUCCGUGCACAGGGAGUUUUGAGGAAAUGGAGGCUCAGAUAACAGCAAGCAUGAAAUCCCCAGUCCUAAGUACCAGGCCUGGUCCUGAAGGUUCUGCUGGCGAAAAGGGCAGGAAAAGAGAAAGCGAAGUUCUCAGUCGAACUCAAAGCACAGAGAGGGAUGAGCAGCUCAGUAGCCAAGAAGUCCCUGCUUCAGCCCUGACCGCGUCACUGUUAGAAAGACUGUCUGAGUGUGACGAUCCUGUGCAGUACCUGGAGCCUGACCUCGCUGAGACCAACCCUAAUGCAUUCGCCCAAAAACUACAGUCACGCCUUAAGAAACCCAGCACACGACGGUGGAACAUCAACGGUUCACCCUUACUGAAACACAGAGAUGUGUCUUCAACAUCUGAGAGUUCGCUAUCCAAGAACUCGCUCUACGUCCGAACCGCUUCCAGCUAUAUUGAUGGAGAUAGUCCACAUCUUCCCAAAGAGCUGGACCACUCGUUGGGAAUCGCAAAAGAGGAGAUUGUGACAAAAGAAAAGGAGGUGCUGGAGUGGCAGAGGAAAUAUGAAGACAGCCGACAGGAAGUGCAAGAAAUGAGGAGGAUUGUUUCUGAAUAUGAAAAGACGAUUGCACAGAUGAUAGAAGAUGACCAGAAAGAGAAGUCUCUUUCCCACCACACCAUUCAACAGCUGAUCGUGGAAAAGGACCAGGCGUUGGCUGACCUCAACUCUGUGGAAAAGUCUCUGGCUGACCUCUUCCGACGAUAUGAGAAGAUGAAAGAUGUGCUCGAGGGCUUCCGCAAGAAUGAAGAGGUUUUGAAGAAAUGCGCUCAAGAAUAUCUGUCUAGAGUCCGUAAAGAGGAACAGCGAUACCAAGCUUUGAAAAUUCACGCAGAGGAGAAGCUAGACAAGGCCAAUUCAGAAAUAGCUCAGGUAAGGGCCAAGUCCAAGCAGGAGCAGGCGGCCCACCAAGCCAGUUUGAGAAAGGAGCAGAUGAAAGUGGAGUCUCUGGAGCGCACAUUGGAACAAAAGAACAAAGAGAUUGAGGAAUUAACCAAGAUCUGCGAUGAGCUAAUAGCCAAAAUGGGCAAGUGUUAGGCAGCACAUACCAUUCUGAAUCUUGUCUGAUGCAGCAAGCCUUGUCACAUGUGAAUUAAAAAGUUGUGUGGGAGAAAAACACGCUUCAGAGGAGUUUUGAAACCACUCUGUUUGAAUUUUCUACUGAUCUUGUACAUAAGGGAUGCACACAGAUGGUUUCCUUUUAAUCACUCUGUAUAUUUUUGAUGUAUCACUGUAUUGUUCUGUAUCAGGGGUCUAGUUUAAAGUUUUGGAAACAGUUCCGUGUCAUGAAUUAUUAUAUCAGUGUGUGCGAUUGUCUACGUGUGUGUGUGCGCGCAUGAGCAUAUGACGAUGAUUGCUUGUGGGACUUAUUGUUGCCAUGACAGCCACUGAGGGAGAAGACUGUUUACCCACUGUGAUGCCUCUUCCAAAAAGAAAAUGGAGCAUCAUCCCAUUUUAGACAAUUAUUCAGUGCUUAGUGUAGGAAUAAUCACAAUAGCUUAUUGCAUGCAAGAGAAGAACCCUUGUUUUGUUCAUUUUGUAUACAAUGUAGAAAUUGUUGAUUAGGGAAGAGACAUUGAUGUCCUCUGUGUGAAAACACAGGUGAUUAUGAAUUUGUUUGAAUUAUUCAUAGGUACAAUAUUUUGCUUCCUUCAUGUAACUUUGUAGAUAUUUGUCAUACUUGUCAUAGCUAUCAUGAUGAGAUCAUUGGACUUUUAUUUUUGUUAUUUUAUUUUGAUAUAAACCAAACUAAUUGUGACUGUAUUCAGAUGUGCUCCAGUCCUGCUUGGGUUGUUGUGUCACACUGAUGAGUAACUUGUCUACACAGCUGCUGUACAGCAUCUGCUUACAAAGUGCAAUAAAAGAUGGCAAUUUAA